CGUUGGCCAUCCUAAGUAAUAAUACAAGUCUAAUACAGACUAAUAAGAGUCUCGUCUUUUUCCAUCAAACAAGCUCAUUUUUUUUCAAGAAAAGGCAGAAAUUGCUGUGCCUUCACUCUCUCUGAUUUUUGAUGUGGAAUUUUCAAUGCCCCAUUAUUUUUCAUUUGGUUACAAAAGUCUUUGGCAGGUGUACCGUGUACUCCUUUGAAACCUUUCACGUUUUAAGUCUCAUAAGAUUGACACGAAAGCUAUCUCUCAGUCACAAAGCAGCCUCUGACAUUCUUGGUACAUGAUAUGACAUCUAUCAGGAACGUCCUAUAAUCUUUUGCCACAUAUAUUAAUCCCCAACAAAGGGAUUCCGUAUUCAUUUUGCUCUAUAAAUUAUAUAUUCUUCUUUCUCAUGACUGCACAUGUUAGUCUAAACUAAAUGCUUUCCGCAAUGGCUUCUUUUCUCCCUUGUAUCCUCAUCAUCAUCUCCCAGCUUGCUAAUCUUUCUGUUGCCCAAAACAGUGGCAGAGUAAAUCUCGGCCAGUCUCUCACGGCAGGCGGAAAAAUAUCCUCAUGGCUUUCACCUUCUGGUGAUUUUGCAUUCGGAUUUCAACAAUUCCUUGACAAGCAAGACCUUUUCUUACUUGGCAUUUGGUUCGAAAAAUUGCCAGAUAAAACGGUGGUCUGGUACGCAGACAAAAACAACCCUGUUUCAAAAGGAUCAAAACUAACCUUAACCGCUGAUGGUGGGCUGCUACUCAAUGAUCCUCAGGGAGGACAGCUAUGGAACACCGACCCCAUUGUCGGUCAGGUUGAUUUUGCUUUUAUGAACGACACAGGAAACUUUGUGCUCCAAAACAAAAACUCCGAGAACAUCUGGGAGAGCUUCAAGCAUCCCUCUGAUACUUUGUUGCCUACUCAAACCAUGGAAAUAGGAGAUGUGAUUUCUUCAAGGCAAUCAGGUACUAACUUUUCACGAGGAAGAUUUCAACUUCGUUUUUUACCCAAUGGGAAUCUUGUGCUUAAUAGUAUAAAUCUCCCUUCUGAAUAUACCAAUGAGCACUACUAUGAGAGUGGGACUAGCAAUAUAUCGAAUCCCGGUAAGCGACUAGUCUUCAAUGACUCAGGCAACAUAUUCAUCCAGAGACAAAAUGACCAAAUAUUCACACUGACAGAGGGAAAAUUGGUAUCUACCAAAGAUUACUAUUACCGAGCGACCCUAAAUUCUGACGGGGUUUUUACUGAGUAUUACCACUCAAAGAAUACUUCUAGUGGUGGAAAUAAAAGCUGGACUGCUCUUUGGUCUGUACCAGAAGAUAUCUGCAUUGCUAGUUUCGUAUAUAAAAGUAGUGGGGCUUGUGGGUUUAAUAGAAUUUGUAGGCUAAAUGCUGAUAAAAGACCAGUUUGUGAAUGCCCGAGAGGGUUUACUUUGCUUGAUGCAAACGACGAGUACAGAGGAUGUAAACCGGAUUUUAUACAAGAUUGCCAAUUAGAUACAGAGAGUUCACCAGAAGAGUUAUAUGUAUUCCAAGAGAUAACCGGCGUGGAUUGGCCGACCUCUGAUUAUGAAGCAUUGCAGGCUUACGAUGAAGACAAAUGCAAAGACUCUUGCUUGCAUGAUUGCAUGUGCGCGGUCGUCAUUAUGAGGAACAACACGUGUUGGAAGAAGAAGCUACCUCUCUCAAAUGGGAAAGUCGACAACAACGUUGGAGCCAAGGCUUUCAUCAAGAUUAGGAAACCCAAUGUUGUCCCUGAUCAACACUCUGCUUCUUCAUCUUCACAGACGAAAAACCAGAACGCUUUGAUUAUUGGAGGUUCUGUGCUUUUAGGCUUCUCUGUUUUCAUCAACUUUCUGCUCUUAGGAGCAAUGGGUAUGGGAUUUCUCUUCAUUUACCGUGAGAAAUCCAUUAGCACUCGACAAGACAAGGACGUUUCCCGAUUCAAUUUGCGGUGCUUUUCUUAUAAAGAUCUUGUUGAUGCAACUGAAGUAUUCAAGGAAGAACUUGGAAGGGGUUCUUUUGGGAUUGUCUACAAAGGGGUGUUGAAGGAUACUUAUGAACCUGUUGCAGUGAAGAAACUUGAUAGAAAUUUUCGUGACAGCGAGAAGGAAUUCAAAGCUGAAGUAAACGUGAUCGGCCAUAUCCAUCACAAGAAUCUAGUCAGACUUGUUGGAUAUUGUGAUGAGGGACUGCAGAGAUUAUUGGUGUAUGAGUUCAUGAGCAAUGGCACACUAGCAGGCUUUCUUUUUGAUGAUAUGAAACCGAGUUGGAGCCAAAGAACCCAAAUUGCUUUUGGGGUUGCAAGAGGACUAUUAUAUUUGCACGAAGAGUGUAGCACUCAGAUCAUCCAUUGUGAUAUAAAGCCUCAGAACAUACUUCUUGAUGAAUUCUACAAUGCUCGGAUUUCAGACUUUGGAUUGGCCAAGCUUUUGAUGAUGGAACAAAGCCAAACUAACACUGCCAUUAGAGGAACAAAAGGUUAUGUGGCACCUGAAUGGUUUAGGAACAUGCCAAUUACAGUGAAGGUGGAUGUGUAUAGCUUUGGUGAGUUGUUGCUGGAGAUAAUAUGUUGUAGGAGAAGUGUGGAUCUUGAAAUGGGUGGAGAAGAAAAGGCAAUCUUGGCUUAUUGGGCUUAUGAUUGCUACAGGGAAGGCACAUUAGAUGCUUUGGUUGGGAAUGACAAGGAGGCUAUGAAUGACAUGAAGAAUUUGGAAAGGUUUCUGAUGGUUGCAUUUUGGUGCAUUCAAGAAGAUCCUUCUCUGAGGCCUACUAUGAAGAAAGUCAUGCUGAUGCUUGAAGGAAUAGUACAAGUCUCGGUUCCCCCAAGUCCUUUCUUAUUUGGUUCCAUAUGCUGAAAUCAUUGUUCAAUUGUUUAAAACCGCUAUUGCAUUAAUUAGCAGCGGCUUCUUCACUUCCUUUUUUGUUUUUUUUUUUUUUUUUAAACAGAAUUUUUCACUCUUAUUUUGUUUCAUUGUGGGGUUGUCUAAAAAAUAACACAAUUGGAGUUAUUUUUCUUUUAGACUUGUCAAUAUGUGUUGACGAAAAUGAGAUUUAAAUGGUUUUUCAACUGAGUCAAUAAAUUCUCUGUUUUAAAAUAUAUA